AAUCAGAGAAAUCUCAUCCCUCCUUUUGGCGUCGUCGUCGUCUUAACUUUGCUCCGUCACACCCAGUCUCCUCCGAAGAUCGGCACUCACUGUCGCUGGGGAAGAUGAAUGAUGGAAGAUUCCGGUUCCCCCGUCUUCCCUGAUCUUCAACUGAAAGAAAUGGAACUGAAGCAGGUGCAAUCUGAUCUCCAAGCAUUAAGAAAAUUAUAUGGAUUCCUUCAAAGUAGUAGGGAUGUUGGGCAAAAUGCCAGAAAUGAAAUUUUGGAUGAAGAAGCAUGGCUACUGCUUAAGAAUCUGCUGGAUGGUGCUACAGAGAAGGUUCUGAAGACAUAUUCCAUGGUAAUAGCAGCAGUAGGACGUAGUGUCUGUAACACCACCUUCUCUUCUAAAUCAGAACAAGAAAGAGCUUUUCCAGUGUUGCAGCCUGUCUCACCUAAUACAUUGAAUGCUGCUCCUGCUCUCAAUCAGAACUCCUUCAAAGACUCAGAUUGCCAUUCAUUGAGUUCACAAAAGGAUAACUACUCCCUUAAUAAACUGACAACUCAGGCUAUUGUUUCAGAACUACCGACAGUGAGCAUUUCCUCAGUUGAGCCUAAAACUAGAAAGAAAAUAUGCCGGGGUUGCAAGCAAAUCAACAAGAAGCAGCAGAAUUCUACAAACAUUUCUAGCAAAGAUGGCAGUCAUCAUCAUCAGCAACAAGACGUUGGUGGUCCUUUUAAUCAGAGGAAAGUUUGUAGACACCAUGGUAUUCCCAGCACUCUCAAUUCAGUUUCUUGCUCCUCUAGGCCUCCAGCUUCUAUGGUUUUUGGAUCUGGGACUGGAAAUAGUCUAGUUGAUGAGGUUGAGAAGAAAGAGAUGGCAUUAAGCAGCUUCUGCAAAGAUGUGGAAAAUGCAAUAAAACAGAUUGAACCCCACAUUCCAGCUUUACAAAUAGGUUCUGAGCUAGUAGCUGAUGUUGAAAGUAGUCCAAUGCCUCAUACUUUGCAAAAAGUGCCUAGUUCACUGAGUCAUAUGAUACAAACUCAUAACUGGGAGAUCUCAACUGAAUGUGGCAUAGGCAGAGGUGCAUUAUUAAAUCAACAGACUCAAAGAUUUCGAAAGAAUGAGAACUUGAAUAGCUUGCAUCAGCUUUCAGGCCAAGAUCAAAAUGAUUCAUGCCCAGAGAGAUGGAUUCCACAGAAGCAGAAUAGUCAGUUCUGCAAGCAUUUUCUAACAAGUGAUGCUAGACAGAAUCAAGAGAGGAUAGAGAAUUUGAGUCAAGUAGGAAGUUGGAGAUAUCAAACACAAACUGAAACUAGUCCUUAUGUUCAUGGAUUGAGAGUCCCAGUCAGUCAUGAUUUUGUAUCCAAGAAGCCUCCCUUGCCUUCGAAAAUGCCCAAUUCAAGCCAUAAUUAUGAGAACAAAUUAGUCGAGAAGGUAGUGAAAUUGAGAUCAACCUCUCCAUCUCCAUCUCCAUCUCCAUCUCCAUCUGUUGGAUCUAAGGCUUCAGUUAGGCUUAAUCACAAGAAAGGACCACCACAUCAGACACUGCUUGAUUACAAACCUAUUAAAGAAGUGGAUGGAUCCCACAAGUUUACCCGGAAUAAGAUUGUUCCACAUCUGCAAGAAUCAGAGGUCUCCUCCAGCUGGACAAGUCAGCAAUCUAGCCCUGGCAGCAGUGACAGUGAGACUUAUUCCUUGCCAAGUUCAAAGUUCUCAAGGAAGGGCAGCAGUGACAGUGAGGAUUAUUCCUUGCCAAGUCCAAAAUCCUCAAGGAAGGGCAGCAGUGACAGUGAGGCUUAUUCCUUGCCAAGUCCAAAGUCAUCAAAGAAGUUUGCAGACAUGGCCCUUGAAAGCAGCUGGGGGGACAGCAACAACUCUUACAGUGAUGAAAUGGAUGUCAGUCAGAGUCCAUCCAUUAGAUUGGGUCCCACAAGAUCUUACAAAGCAGUCCACCUGGCAAAAUCUGAGAAACCUAUUGGACGGCUGAGAAGAUUUAAGAAUAAGUUAGGACUCAUCUUUCACCACCACCAUCAUCAUCACCACCACCAUCACCACCAUGAUGUAGAGGGUGAUGGCGGCAUGUGGAAGCACUUGCGCAACAUCUUUCAUGGAAAAAGUGAGGCUGGGGUUCAUAAGAACAAAGCGGCUGAUAAAUUGAGAAAAUCGGUUGUGGUGCGCAAGCAGCAGAUAGGCCAUUUCCAUGCACUAGUGGAAGGUUUGAUGCAGCACAUCAGGCAUUCAAAGAAAUCAAAGCCUUCUGGAAACGGCAUUGGACGGUUGAAAAAGAGUCGUGACAAGAAGGCAGUGAAGAAAUUACAGUGGUGGCGUAUGUUCCGACAACAUCCUGGAGCGAAGCCGCUGAAUAGAGGGCGGAUGAAAAGAGGCUUGAUGAAUAAAAAACGACAGCUUACAGCAGCCAAGUUGAGUUAGCAAAAAAUUUAGAAUUUAAGCAUCCCUUGUCAAGUUUGGAAGCAAACCCUAUAUAUCAUAUACUUCGUUAGGGUGAAUGACAUAAUAUAUCUCAUGGACAAAUGGAGAAAGAAUGUUAGAACUUUGGAACUUGUGAGUCCUACUUGCUACAACAAUUUAUUUUUGGUGAUAUUGAAAUAAAAAAGUUGAGGACCA